UUCCUCUAGGGCUUUGUUUAGCAUUCCCACCUAGUCUUGAGUUUAUCCAUAUCAGUACAUUCCUCGUCGCAUUUCCUAGCCGGUUGCAAAAAUUCUGCCUAAUCUAUCCCAUCAUCUCAUUCUCCUGGAAAUGCCUUCUCUCAAUGGCUGGGCCUUUCGUCAACUCUUAUCUAUUCCGUUCGAAUAUACUGUUUGAAUUUAUCGACUAUACCAUCGUUAGCGCCCUCUGGUUCUGGAUCAGUGGUCGAGCUAGACGCCGAAAAGAGCUUCUAUGGCAACUUUAUGGUUUCUUGGUUUUAUGCUGCAUAAUACUUGUUGCCACGGUUUCUUCCUUUCUCCUAGAGGUUGCAUGGCCAUUUUUAUUUGAGGCAUGCACUAUCAUUACAAUCAUCUGGUCAUGUAGACACUGGCGUAGACUGCCAAAAACACACGGCGGACCAAAAACAUGAUGCAGUUUACACAGAGCAGGACACCACAAUGAAUUAUACUUUCACAUUAGCACUUGGAUUGAAUUUUCAGGCUUUCACUGUAUUUUUGAACGAAG